AUGGUCGUUACACUUACGACGGGUCAGUUUGCGGGGGACCUGGACAGGACUGCAGCCAAGAUUACCCCGGUGUUGAAAUUGGGGUUGAUCGCCCUGAUCACGGAAGUCAAAAAUGUGAGCGGCGUACCACGACGGGCAGCCAUGUCUUCAGACGCACACCUGCCAGAGACGUCCCUAUGGGCGAACAGAAAAUGUCUCGCCAUAUGUGCUACCGUGGCCAUUGCGAAUAUGCAGUACGGGCUGGAUUCUGCAGUCAUUGGAAGCCUGCAGGCUAUGCCCGGCUUCCUAGUCGUCUUCGGUUAUCCAGAUCCUAAAGCACCUGGCGGUUAUUCCAUUGACGGAACAUUCCAACAACUAAUCGGCUCCCUCCUAACGCUCGGGGCAUUCCUCAGUUCCCUCACCGCAGGCAGCUUUGCUCACUUUUUCGGACGCAAGACCGCGCUCUGGCUGGCCUGCCUGCUGACAGCCGUGGGCUGUGCCAUCCAAAUCAACACCACCGACAAAGCAGUCGUGUACGUCGGACGGCUCAUCCUCGGCAUCGGAAACGGUUUCCUGGUGACUUUCUCGAACAUCUACACCGCGGAAGCCAGUCCGGCCCACCUGCGGGCCGUCAUGGUGGCGUUGUUCUCGGAGUGGGUCAACAUUGGGAGCAUCAUCGGUGCCGUGGUCACAAACGCUACGCAAUCCCGGUUUGACAAGCCGAGCUACCAAAUUCCGGUGGGAAUUCUGUUCGUCGUGCCUGUUGUAUUGGCCAUCGGUCUGUUCUUCGUGCCGGAGUCCCCGCGAUACCUAGUCAACAGGGGCAAGAUGGAAAAAGCCAGACGUGCGCUGGAGUCGCUCAGAGGUUCAUCGCUGCAGCCAGAUGAGCUGGAGCUGGAGUGGGUAGAGAUGGUCAAGGGUAUUGAGGAGGAGAAGAAACUUGCCAGCACAAUCGGGCCCCUGGAUCAGUACCGCGGAACGGACCUCCGACGGACGCUGCUUUGUUAUGGUGUGAUCAUGAGCCAGGUUGGUUCCGGCUCGUGGUUCGUCAUCAGCUACAGCACCUACUUCCUUAUCGUCGCCGGCUUGACUGUCAACGAGGCUUUCAAGUACUCCAUUAUGAAUACCUGCCUGGGUCUUGUGGGUGUCAAUUUCGGCAUUUACCUCAUGCGCCAUGUUGUUGGUCGGCGGACCAUCCUGACGAUGGGUGCAGCAAUACAAGGGCUGUGUAUGCUGGGAUUGGCAAUCGGAACAGGAAGUGUGAACCCGGUGGGCAGCGAGGCGGGCAGAAAUUGCCUCAUCGCCUUCUUCGCUCUGUACUUAUUCUCUUACAAUGCUUUUGUCGGAGAUGCGAGCUAUCCGGUGAGCACGGAGCUGGUCAGCACUAGACUGCGAAGUUGGUCGGUGGGCUCUGCGAUCAGUCUUGGGUAUUUCUUCGCUUGGUUGACAGGAUUUUGCUCGCCGUACUUUAUCAACCCUGAGAACCUCAACUGGGGAGCAAAAUAUGGUUAUCUUUGGGCUGGAUCCAAUUUCGCUUGCAUGCUGUUCUUCUUCUUUUUCAUGCCUGAGCUCAAAGGGCGAACACUGGAGGAGAUUGACGAGCUGUUCGCGGAGAAAGUGCCGGCCUGGAAGUUCAAGAGCUAUCACACAACAAUCCAGGAGAAGGCAAUGGCCGAGGUCAGGAAUCAGGAGGGCUCAGAAACGAAAGGUCCUAUUUCUGAAAUGGUCGAGGACGAGAAGAUGGGGGCCAGCGGCUGA